AUGUUGCCCCAGAAGUCAGACGGGCUCUCACAUCCAACGACCCAGAGUGAACAGGUCAAGGGAACACACUGUGAUGUUCCCGAGGUACAGAUACCUAUUGAUGGCAUUCCUAUGCAUAAUCAGAGGAAAGCAUCAUUCAAGUCAUGCUAUGCCUUGGUCAAUGUUCCCUCAUGCUUGAGGUCGUGUCGGUCAUCGUCCUUUGCAGGGGUGAGCUGUGUCGCAGCGACCAAUCGCGUGGCUCCCCGUCUUCUCCAGGCUUCCAAAACGGACCCUCUGAUCCCUGCGGAAAAGCUACUUCGUAUUACUGAGCACCUAGAGGUCCCCGCGGCCUCCAGCUGGUUCAAUGGCGUCCACGAUACAUCUCGCAUUUUCGGUCUUUGCUCACUGAAUUUAUCGUGUACAUCCUCUCGUCCUUCGGCCUCGUCUUCCGACGCCGAUUCGCCCUCCGCUCGAACCACGACCCGAACCAACGACCACCGACGGUUAAGCUCGAGCGCAACGCCGCCGCCGAGCUCACCCCGAAAGAAAGAAAAAGCCAUGGGCCUCCUCAACGGCAUCCGCCUGAGCGCCCGCCGCCUCCUCCGCUCCCGCCCCUUCCGCAACCUCGCCCUCAUCGUGACCCUCUACGUCCUCCUCGACGCCCUCCGCUACCAGCGCCGCGUCACCUCGGCCCCGCGCCACGACCCCUCCCGCCCGCGGCGCGCGGAGCGCAUCUACAUUGCAGGAAUGCACUACAACGACGCCUCCGUGAUCCGGACACACUGGAACAAGGCUGUGCUAGACCUCGUCGAGGCGCUUGGGCGCGAGAAUGUCUAUGUGUCGGUGUACGAGAGCGGGAGCUGGGACGAUACCAAGGCGGCGCUGAGGGAGCUGGACGGGGUGUUGGAGAAGAGGGGGGUCAGGAGGAAUGUGGUGCUUGACGAGAGGACGCAUGCGCAGGAGGUCGAGGAUGUUCCUGCGGAGGGGGAGGAGAGGGAAGGGUGGAUUACGACGCCGAGGGGGAAGAGGGAGACGAGGAGGAUACCGUUUCUUGCGAGGUUGAGGAAUUUGACGUUGCGGGAUUUGUGGAAGUUGGGGGAGGAGGGGGAGAUGUUUGAUACGGUGCUCUUUUUGAACGAUGUUGUGUUUACGACCGAAGACGUCCUCGCGCUGCUCGACACCAACGGCGGCAUCUACGCCGCAGCCUGCUCCCUCGACUUCGCCCACCCGCCCUCGUACUACGACACCUUUGCGCUGCGCGACUCGGCGGGCCAAGCGACGCUGAUGCAGCGGUGGCCGUACUUCCGCUCCGAGGCGAGCCGCGCCGCCAUGAUGGCCUACUCGGACGCCGUGCCCGUGCGGAGCUGCUGGAACGGGAUCGUGGCGAUGCCGGCGGCGCCGUUUUUGGCGAAUCGGCGGGGCGCGGCUGGGGGUAUCGAGAGGCUUGCGUUCCGCGGGGUGGACGAUUCGUUGGCUGAGGAGGCGCAUCUCGAGGCGAGCGAGUGUUGUCUCGUUCAUGUGGACAACCCGUUGUCGGAGCAGUUGGGGGUGUUUGUGAAUCCGAGGGUGAGGGUCGGGUAUUCGCCUGCUGCGUACGAGGCUGUGAAUCCGGGUGGUGGCAGGGGUUGUUGGCUUUCUGUGUGGAGGAUUGUGGUUGGGGUUUGGGAGGGACGGGUGAGGCGGGUGUUGACGAGCGAGAGGGUCAAGGAGUGGGUUGUGAGGAAGAGGUUGAAGGAGUGGGAGGCUCGCGGUGGUGGUGAUCAAAAGAUGAGGAGCGAGAAGGGGGUUGAUUGUUUGAUAAAUGAGGGGCAGGUGCUUGUGUAUAAUGGAUGGGCUCACAGUUCACCACCGGUGUGGCUACAUCUCUUGGUGCUCAAGCUGGGAUUCGAACUCGGAAACUCUCGCUAA